CACAAUUUCACAACACUAAGCAAUAUUGAUGAACGUCGGAAAUAAUUAUUGUCUAUUGACGAUUUUUACACGGAUAUUAAAAAGGUACGUUUUGACCUCUUAUAUUUUGUUCAUGUUAUUUUAUUCACUUUACUUUUGUUUUUAAUGUAAUUGUAUUAUAUAGGUGAUUCGCCGACAAAAUGAACAGUUCGGCGUUAGUGAGGUCAAAUUUGGUCCCUAAAGGUCAUGGAGCUUUUGGUUUAUCGAAUUUGGCGUUUAAAAGCAUAUUACAAACUCGCCAAAACGCUACCGCAGCAACUCCACCGCCUACACCGGAAUUAAAGGCGUCCUAUGGUAAUCUUUCCGAUUCAGACAGGAUUUUCACGAAUCUAUAUGGACGCCACGAUUGGCAACUUAAGGGAGCCCUGAAACGUGGUGAUUGGUAUAAGACAAAAGAAAUUUUAAUAAAAGGUACCGAUUAUAUUAUCAAUGAAGUUAAGACUUCCGGUUUGAGAGGUCGUGGUGGUGCCGGUUUCCCGACCGGAAUGAAAUGGAGUUUCAUGAACAAACCAUCCGAUGGUCGUCCGAAAUAUUUAGUCGUUAAUGCUGACGAAGGAGAACCAGGCACAUGCAAAGAUCGGGAAAUCAUGAGGCACGAUCCUCAUAAAUUAAUCGAAGGAUGUUUGAUCGCAGGUCGUGCAAUGGGAGCUUGUGCUGCUUACAUUUACAUUCGAGGAGAGUUUUACAAUGAAGCAUCAAAUCUGCAACAAGCUAUUUGCGAGGCAUACCAAGCUGGUCUCAUUGGAAAGAAUGCUUGUGACUCUGGUUAUGACUUUGAUGUGUUUGUACAUAGAGGAGCUGGUGCUUAUAUCUGUGGUGAAGAAACAGCACUCAUUGAGUCCCUUGAAGGUAAACAGGGUAAACCGAGAUUGAAGCCCCCUUUCCCAGCUGACGUCGGUGUUUUUGGUUGCCCCACUACAGUGUCCAAUGUUGAAACAGUAGCUGUUGCACCUACUAUUUGCCGUCGUGGUGGUUCUUGGUUCUUGGGACUUGGAAGACCCAGGAAUUCUGGAACUAAACUGUUUAACAUAUCCGGCCAUGUGAACACUCCAUGUACUGUUGAGGAAGAAAUGUCAAUUCCAUUAAAGGAAUUGAUUGAGCGACAUGCGGGGGGUGUAAUAGGUGGUUGGGAUAAUUUAUUGGCUGUGAUUCCUGGAGGUUCAUCUACUCCACUCAUACCGAAACAUGUUUGUGAUACAGCUAUUAUGGACUUUGAUGGUUUGGUUGCAGCUCAGACCAGUUUAGGAACAGCGGCUCUAAUUGUAAUGAACAAACAAACCGAUAUUGUUAAAGCUAUUGCUCGUUUGAUUAUGUUUUAUAAACAUGAGUCGUGUGGUCAGUGUACACCUUGUCGAGAGGGCAUUAAUUGGAUGAACAAAAUAAUGUAUCGGUUUGUCGAUGGUCAGGCACAGUCUUCAGAAAUCGAUAUGCUGUGGGAAAUCAGUAAGCAAAUUGAAGGGCAUACAAUUUGUGCUCUUGGAGACGGUGCUGCUUGGCCUGUACAAGGAUUGAUUCGGCAUUUUAGACCCGAACUCGAAAGUAGAAUGAAGAAGUUCCGAGAAGAAAGUGAGAAACAAGCCGUGUCAAACUAAAUUGUUUUGUCCGAUAGUAUUUUACCUAACAUCAAUUCAAAAAUAUUCUUCUAUGUGAUUUUGUCUUAUUUGUUUUGGCAAGUUGAUGAUUAUUAGUUAUCUAUUUAUAUAUAUAUACAUAUAAACAUACAAAUUAUAAUAAAAUUGUGCAUUAUAUGUAGACAUGUAUUUUUUUCUUUUUAAGUAAAUUUUAAGUUAAAAUGAUGCUGCUUAGGUUAAAUUCUAGAAUAAUUUGUUCCGUGGAUUAAAUUUAUGACUAGAUUUUACAAUAAUAUACAUUUUAUUUUUAUAUCCAACUAGUUAUAACAAUUUCCAUUAACUCAAACUGAUUAAUUACUUCAUCAUAUAUACUCAUACUUUAUAUUGGCACUUUAUAAUAUUAUUAUUUGAUAAUAAUUACAAUAGAUAAUAACUGAUUUUUGUUUUAUUUUAUUCAAAUUAUUCGUACACAUUUUUUGACUAACAUGAUAAUAUUAAGUAUAAUAUUAUCAUUGUUUAUUAUUUAACAUUUUGAAAAAUAUAAUAAGAAGAAUUCUAAAAUGUAAUUUUUAGCUUAAACUAGUUUAAAACACAUUUUAUCUGGUGUAAAAUAUGAAUACUUCAAAUACAUUAUUGGUUUAGGAAUGUUUUUUACCAUAACAUUUUAUUGUUUCAUAAUCUGAUCAGUUAUUAAAAACUACCAAAAAUGUUGGGUAUCUAGUACAUUAAUAUUCAGUUAAAAUAUUAAAAUUAUUAUUGUCGACCAGACUUAAAUAAAAAAAACUCACCCAUGUGUAUUUUGUACAUCAAAAAGUUACAGUAUGUAGGAUUUAAGUGAAUAUUUCAUUAAACAGUAAGAUCGUGAAAUAUACCUAUUUAUAUUUUAUAAAAUUGGUCACUCAUAGUGUUAGUCAGUAACAUUGAUUUUAAAAUAAUAUACAAAUAUCCCAUAGUAUAGUUAUGUGAACUUCCCGUGAGAUAGCACAGUAAUAUUUGACAAAUUAUGAGGUACUUAAAAUAUACAUUUUUUAGCGUAUUGACUGAUGUUGAAUAAUAAUUUAUAAAAUGAAUGGUAGUACCUAAUAGAACAUAGCAAAAUUGAAACUAACAUUUUAUUAAUUUGUAACUUGGUGGGGUCAAAAUGAUUGCAUCCUUCAAAUUGUUUUGCACUGGUGUAUUUUUUGAUUGUUAAUACAAAUUAAACAAAACAUAAUAACAUAUUUUACACAGUUUAUAAUUAUUAUUUUCAGAAAUAUAAUUGUUCUUUUUAUAAAUACAGGCAAGUCUUAUUCAUAUAAUAACGUAAAUAAAUUAAAAUUUAUCUUAGGUUAAAUUAAGUAAUAUUACUCUUAAGGGGUUUAAAAAUUAUUAAAAAAAGGUAUACAAAAUAAAAAUUGUUAACAAUAAUUAUAUUAUUAUUCUAAUAUUUUCUAUAUUUUUUUAUUAUUGUCAACCAAGUUCAUUUAUAUAAAAAUAAAUUCUUAACAAUAUUGUAUCAUGUAUUACUUGACAUCAUAAAUUCUAAAACAAAAAUCCUCAUCAACAUUAUAUUUUAAUAAAUGCAAUUAUUUUAAUUUUAUUUGAUCAUAUUAGUUUUGCAAAUCACUCAAUGUUAUAAAUGAUUUUUUUUUUUAUUAUUUAUGAAUAAUUAGUAUCUUAAAAUGUAACCCUGAAUAUAUUAAAUACUUUUAAAGCCAAAUGUCAACACUUAUGUUAUAAUAAAAUUCGAACAAAUUUAGAUCUUAUAAUAAUAAAAACAAAUUCAAAAAAUAAUACCUGAUAGUAAUUUGUAUAAAAUUAAACUAAUUACUAAUACAAAAAUUUUUAAUGUUAUAAACAGUAUCACAAAGGUAACAUAUUUACUAAAAUUCAUUGUUUUUAUAAAAUGUAUACAAAUUGUAUUCCUUUGUAGUUAAUUAGUUGAAAAAUAACAAAAAACUAAAAUAAAAUAGAUUUCUUUUUAGUUCAAACUUAUGAUUUUUUAAUUUUAUUAUCAUAAAAUUUAGCCAAUGCUGCAGCAGAAACAGCAGCUAGGGACGCGAACAAAUAUGCUCCCCUAGUACCAUACAUAUCCAUAAAUAAUCCGAUUACCAUGGGAGUAAUAGAUCGAGCUACUGAAACGGAGCUAGUCAUCGCACCACCCAAUGUUCCUCUAUUAUGAUCCUUAGAAGUUUCAGAAAGAAUUUGAUUUAAAAAUACUUCUAUUAGAGUACCAGCUGCACUGACAGGAACCAUACACAACAUGAAAAAUAUCCAGCUUGGAGCAAAUGACAAGCAUAAAUAUCCAAAACCAAGUAAAACAAAACUAAAGAAACAUUUUUUGAACAGAUUAUAUUUACGUAAAAACGGCUCUAAUCUGGGCACUGCAAAUCCAGUAGCGACACUGAUUGAACUGUUGAUCGAUAGCGUGUAACCAACUUGGGAAGGUGUGAGUUUAAACUUUUCUAUGAGUACAAACCCAAAUGACACCAUCAUUGUUGAUAUAGUUGCAGUGUACAUCAUUCUCAUAAACAAUAAUGGCCAAUACUCCAACCAAUCGACCUCUUUUAAAUGAUGAAACAUGUUUUUUUUCACACUGGUUUGCUCAAUAUUUUUGUUUGGAACUCGAAUCGCAAUAAUAAUAGCAUUUAUAGCACAAAGGAAACUAGUCGAACAUGUAAGGUAAUAAAAUCCAUUUGUUACUUCCGAUAAAUAACCUCCAUAAACUGGGGCUAUCAUAAAUGACAACGAAAUAAAACUAUUCAACUUUCCAUGUGCGCUCAAUUGUUCGGCUUUAGGUACAUUAUCGCCGAUUAAUGAUUUGCCUAACAUUUGAGUGUGUUUGAAACAGCCCAACAACAACCGUAUAAUAGCAAUCGACAGAUAAGUAUCACAGUAACCCAUGGUGAAAAAUGCGAAAACACUAAAUAACAUUGAAAAUAAAAGUAAGGGUUUGCGACCGUAACGAUCGCUGAACGUACCAACAAUGGGUCCCGUGAUUAACUGAAGGCCUGAGAACAGGGAUUCUAGAAGGGUUAUUUGGAAAUGUGAUGCACCAUAUUGUCUAAGGUGACGAUUGAAAGAGGGCAUGAUCAUGGCGAGGCUAGCUAUAUCUAAAAAGCCAAUAAUAUAUAUAUAUGUAAAGUGAUUCAUUUUUUUUAUGUAUAUAUAUAUAUAAACUAUACAAAUAUUAUUAUGGAAAUAAGUAAAUUAAACUAAUAUAAUACAACAAUUAUAGUUCCACUUUUUCAACGUUUCCUUCCACC